GGUAAUACUCCAGUCUAGUAACGUUAGGCUGCGGUAAUUCAACAUUAAUUGGUUGCCAACCGCGGAUAAACCUCAUCGAAUAAGAUUUUGUGUCCUAUCGUUUAAAUUGCAUUAAGUAGCCUCCAUACCCGUUGGUGGCACUCUAGCUAUCCUAUUUGGUAAACUUUUUAGUUUGUGUCGUUCAUGUAUUUUUCCUUGUUCUCUGGCCGCUGCGCGCACAGACAGAAUGCCGUCGAUUGAAUACGACGAUUCCAAGCCCAGUUGGGCUGAUCAGGUUGAAGAGGAGGGAGACGAAGGUACCCUACCCCCUCCAAAAGAAACCGUCAAAGGAAAUGUCAAAACCAUCACGGAAUACAAGAUCGACGAGGAUGGAAAGAAGUUCAAGAUUAUUCGCACCUUCAAGAUUGAGACUAGGAAGGCCUCCAAAGCUGUUGCCAGGAGAAAGAACUGGAAGAAGUUUGGCAACUCUGAGUAUGACCCACCAGGUCCCAAUGUUGCUGAUACCACAGUCAGUGAUGAUGUCUUUAUGGUGUUCAUCUCUAGCAAAGAGGACCUGAAUGCCCAAGACGUGGAAGAGGACCCCAUGAACAAGCUGAAGGGACAGAAGAUAGUGUCCUGUCGAAUCUGUAAAGGAGACCAUUGGACCACCCGCUGCCCCUACAAGGACACUCUGGGUCCCAUGCAGAAGGAGCUGGCCGAGCAGCUGGGCCUGUCCACUGGAGACCCGACGAAGACUGCAGGAGACGAGCCUGAGCCUGCCGCACCAGCUGCAGGGAGCAAAACAGGGAAGUAUGUGCCCCCCAGCCUGAGGGAUGGCAGCACACGCAGAGGAGAGUCCAUGCAACCCAAUCGCCGUGGUGCAUCUGAUGACAAUGCCACCAUCCGUGUGACCAACCUGUCUGAGGACACCCGUGAGACGGAUCUGCAGGAGCUCUUCAGGCCGUUCGGCUCAAUUUCCAGGAUCUACCUGGCAAAGGACAAAAACACAGGCCAGUCCAAGGGCUUUGCCUUCAUCAGUUUCCACCGCAGGGAGGAUGCAGCCAGAGCCAUCGCAGGAGUGUCAGGAUUUGGAUACGAUCAUCUUAUCCUCAAUGUGGAAUGGGCAAAACCAUCAAACAACUGAGAUGGCGAUUACAUUUCAUGUAAAAUGUGACUCUGAAUAAAGACUUCGUAAAUCCUG